AUGUCGCAAAGCCGGGCGGACUUGCAAGUGGCCAGGGCCCAACGAUCAGAGGGUAAGACCAUCGCCAAGGGCCAACUCGACAGCAUGCAAUACCUGCAGAGACAAGAAGAUUUCGGGUACUUCGCCUUCAUCCAUCAACCACACUUCAGUCGGCUUCUCGUCAAAGGCAAAGCCCCUCGCGAGUUGACACUACUCGUGAUUGCCAGCGCAAUGAGGUUUGCCGCUCAGCCAACGGGAGAGAAUCUGGCAAGAGCAGAUGCUUGGGUGGACGACGCCCUUGGAGCUCUGCUCCCCCGCCUCCAUCAAGGUUUCGGGGCAAUCCAGCUCAUGACACUCCUGUUAGCUCAGCACUACGAUCUCAACCGUGGCAACUUCACAUCUGCGUGGCUCCUUGGCGCCGAGUGCACGAGAAGAAUCGCCGUCAGGAUGAUGCAGAUGAUGUCGCUGCAGACAUUUGAUCGCACUUAUCCCUCCACGUUCGCUUCCAACGUACAGCUUUCUCCACUGUUAUCACGUGAGGCACUGCGUCGCCUUGCCUGGUCCACGUUGUACAGCGAUACUAUCGUUGAUGGAGGUCGAUACGGCUUCCAUACCGUCGACGAAAAGACCUACCGCCUUCAGCUUCCAUGCGACGAAGCGACUUUCCUCAGCAACGAGACCGCUGUGACUGAGCCUCUGUUCUAUGACCCCGCCCAGCCUACGAACGACGGCGAUGUUCGCCCACCGCUCGACAUGUCAGCCUAUCUCCUUCGGACAGCCUCCACGCGUCGCAGUGCUCUGCAUUUCGCCUUCCGCGCUUCACACAAGGAGCAAACCGUCCAGCAAUUAUCAGCAGAGCUGACCGAUCUGGAGGCCGAAGUCGAAAGGGUGACAACCGCCUUGCCGAGCCGCUUUCAUCUGAACAGCGACAACAUCUUUCUCCACCACGGUCGAAUCAUCACAUUUUUCUUAUUACACAUCUUGCGUCACAAUCUCUUCAUUGUCGUCGGUCGAGCUGCUCUUGAGAUCUAUCGGCGAGAUCCAGCUCAAGCUCAUCUGAUACCGCACGUGCGACGCAAAAGGAUAUCACACGCUUUGCCGAUAGCUGGCGUAUACAGGAAAGCGAUAGAAGCGGGCAUCGGAUUCGACCCACAAAUGGGAGUGCACGCUUACGUUGCCCUGGAAAUCCUCCUCUUCGAACCUCGACGCUUGGCCCAAUCAGAUCCACUCGUUGACCCUAAGGCUCCCGAGCUGACGGAGGCAAUUCCGUAUCUUCUUACAGUGAUACGGGGUCUUGCGGAUCGGUCGGAAUUUGUGAAGCAGCUGCACGUUGAAGCAGUCCAUCGCCUCCUGCGGUGCGACUGCACAGAUCUCCUUAGUCAAACCGAUCUUGAUGCAUUCCUCAGUGAGUACCAGUUGGUCGGCCAAGACGCAGCCGAGUAUGACUUCCGCGACUUUCGGUGGGCCAAGAUCGAAAGGCUGCGCCGAGGUGCCUCUUCGUCAGCGAACGUUGCGCAGGAUGAGACAUUACUGCAGUUCAAGGUGGGCUGCGAGACAGCCGCUCCUUCGGCGAGGACCUCGCCGCGUCUUGAUGCCAACGACGUCAACAAUGCCCAACCACGGUCUACGAUGGCACAGUCUGUGCCUUCGGUGCCGUUGGAGUCACUCAACCUGCCCGAGGCAACGGAUAUCGACGACCCCAGUCUGGCCGGGACCAUGCAGUCUUCUUCAGGACUCUCAGAGACCGAACAACCCUACGAAACAUUCCCUCUCGACUGGUCGUGGUUCCUAGGCGGGUCGGGGCCAUCGACUUAUCAGACUGGGGAUCCCACUACAUUUUGGAGUCAGCUGUGA